AUGAAGGUGCUGAACGUGGCGGAGAAGCCGUCGGUGGCCAAGGAGAUCGCCAGCAUCCUCUCGUUGGGCCGCUCGCAGCGUGUGUGUGCUGCGCGGUUCUCCAAGUACAAUGCGCUCUUCGAGUUCCCGUACCAGAUCCACGGGCAGCAGGUUCAGAUGGUCGUCACGUCCGUCACGGGCCACAUCAUGGAGCUGGACUUCGACGCGAGCGUCAGGGGCUGGCACUCGUGCGACCCGGUGGACCUCUUCACGGCCCCAGUGUGCAAGAGGAUACGCAGCGACGACACCCAGAAGAAGAUCGAGAAGACGCUGCUGAAGGAGGCGAGGCAGAGCCAGUGGCUGGUGCUGUGGCUGGAUUGCGACCGAGAGGGGGAGAACAUCGCCUACGAGGUCAAAUGCAUCUGCGAGAGGUCCAACAGGAGGUUGCGCGUGUUUCGUGCCCGGUUUUCGGCUCUUAUUCCUCGAGAUAUCAUUCAUGCAGUGCAGAACCUGGCAGAGCCCAACGAGAAGCUGUCGCUGGCGGUCGACGCGCGAUCAGAGAUCGACCUGAGAAUUGGUGCAGCUUUCACGCGGUUCCAGACCAUGCGGAUUCAGAGCAGAUUCCCUGCGAUCAAACAGGAAAAGAGCGUCAUCAGCUAUGGACCCUGUCAGUUUCCAACGCUGGGAUUCGUGGUGGAGCGAUUCCUCAAGAUUCAGAAUUUCGAGCGAGAAGCAUUCUACUACAUUAGCGUCACACAUCAACAAACCGAUCAGCCAGACGCACCCACGACGACGUUCAAGUGGAAGCGCGGUCACCUUUUUGACCGUAUGGCGUGCUUGUGUAUUUACGAGUGUCUUGUGGAGAGCCAAACAGCGACAAUCGAGUCGGUGGACAAGCGGCCUUCAUGGAAACGGAAGCCGCUGCCACUCACGACUGUGGAGCUGCAAAAGCGAGCAUCGCGCUGGCUGCGAAUCUCGUCUGAGGCGACGAUGAAAGCAGCAGAAAGUUUGUACAAUAAGGGUUUUAUUAGCUACCCGCGCACGGAGACGAGCAAAUUUAAAGAAGGCACGGACCUAAUGAGCUUAGUCCGUCUGCACGAGAAUCAUCAGCAGUGGGGAAACUAUGUGGCUCAGCAGCUUCUUGAUGGCGGGAAGUAUGAGGCUCCUCGACAUGGAAAUUCUGACGACCAAGCACACCCUCCAAUCCAUCCGACUAAGAGCGUCAAUGUAAAUACCUUGUCAGAUCCAAACGAGAAGAAGGUGUACGAGUUUGUCACUCGCCAUUUUUUAGCGUGCUGUAGUCGGGAUGCCAAGGGCAGUCAAACAAGCGUUGUGAUGAGGAUGCUGGGUGAGAGUUUCACGGCGUCUGGGCUGAUGGUGGAGGAGCGAAAUUACUUGGACAUUUACAAGUACGAGAAAUGGAAUGCGUCAGCGAUCCCAGUAUACCAGCGUGGCGACGUGUUUCAUCCAUCUACAGUUGUGAUGCUGUCUGGCGAGACAAAUCCACCACCACUGCUAUCGGAAGCAGAUUUGAUCGCAAAAAUGGAUUCAAAUGGCAUUGGCACCGACGCCACUAUCGCCGAGCAUAUCAAGACCAUCCUCAAGCGCGAGUACGCCAUUAAAGUCAACAACGACACACAGUUUAAGCCAACUACGCUCGGACUGGCGCUCGUUCUGUCCUAUGAACACAUGGGCCUUGAGCUGGCAAAACCAGUGCUUCGUGCUGCGGUAAGUCGGAUGAUGGAGAACGAUUGUAAAGCUAUUUCGUUGGGGCGAAAAGAAAUCCAGCAAGUAGUGAGAUCGUGUAUGGACCAGAUGAAAAGCAUUUUCCUGGAGGUUACUCGAAGCGCCGCCGUGCUGGACCAAACCUUCUCGGAGCAGUUCGGGCAGCCUGUCAACCAAAGCGCCGCACCUCGCUUGCCACCUCGAAUGGAUGUGAGGCCUCACCCAACGGUUGAUCGUUUCCCUGUCCGUGAUCAACGACGGAAGCGCCAGCGAACUCCAUCAGGGUCUACAGACACUCCGCGAGAUCAGCUUCAGCCACACACAGCUCCAAGUAUGACCUCUGACGUGCCUCGGUGUGGAGAUCAUGGCUUGCCCUGCGCGGAACGAGAGGUUAGUCGAGAUGGCCCGAACAAAGGGCGCAUGUUCCACGUGUGCCCACUUCCCCAGGGCGAGCAAUGCGAUUUCUUUGCAUGGGUUUCCGACUCGGGCUCAGUGGUGAAGUGUCCUGGACAUGGUGAACCUUGCGCCGAAAGAACAGUCAGAAAGGAAGGACCCAACAAGGGCCGACAGUUUUACACUUGCAGACGCAGCCAGACCGACAACAGCUGCGGGUACUUUCAGUGGAAGGAUGAAGUUGUGGACACGGCCGCUGGACCGACGAUGCCGACUUCUACGAGAGGCGCUGCUGUUGUAUCAAAUGAUGCUGCGCCGUUGUGCUCGGGCCACAAUGUCUCCUGCAUUUUACGCACAACCAGAAGGCCGGGCCCGAACCAAAACCGAGAGUUUUAUUCUUGCAGCUUUCAGGGUGCCGACAGCUGCGGGUACUUCGAGUGGAAGGACGAGAUGGGGUCGCAGCGUCAACGGCCGACGUCUUCAGCGAUGCCGCUUUCAGCACCCGGAGGCGACGACAACGGGACGCCAAAGUGUGGCUGCGGCUUACCAGGCGUCUUGCUCACAUGCAGGAAUGGAGUGAACAAGGGGCGGACAUUUUACAAGUGCCCGAAUCCGCAGGGAAGCCAAUGCGAUUUCUUCCAGUGGGGGUCGUAG